AUGAAUUUAUUAUUAUUGUCCUUGUUAAUAGCAAAUUUUGCUUAUAUUUUGGCCAAUGAAAAAGAGCCUAUUGUUGGCCUAAUACCUGUUGAUAUUAUCUGUCCAUUUUGUAUUGCAUUAAUUGAGAAAUUUCAGCAAACUACGCAAGAAAAUUCAUCUUAUAAACAUGUCCUAUGUGAAUCAGUUUCGGCGAAAAAUCAUAAAAACUACGAUUCAUGCAUUGAAUCAUUCAAUGAAAUAACAGUGGAAAAAUUAAAAAAUUCAAAUGCUGAAGAUUUAUGCAAAGAACAAAAAAUUUGUCCAAUUAAUUAUAAAAAAGUAAUAUUAGUGGCAAAUACCGGUAAAGCUGAUUUUCCAACUAUACCGGUGGUAACAAAUGAGCAAUUGAAAGAAGCACAACAAUAUGAUACACUGAAAACUGUCACCGAUAUUUUGAGUGGAAAUUUAAAGAAUUCAAAUGGAAAGAAUUUAACACUUCAUAUUGAUUUGCAAUUUCAAAAAUUGCAACCUGACGAAAUGGCAACAACAGCAAAUUAUUCAACGAUGCAAUCAAAUAGCACCUAA